AUGGCUCUAUCCCGCCUCGCCUCCUCUUCAUCUUCCGGUUCCAAUCUCCUCAAACCCCUCACCUCCGCCCUAUCCUUCACCCCAUCUCUCCGCCGUCCGAUCUCAUCCGCCGCUGAUGACUCCACCACCCUCACGAUCGAGACAUCAGUCCCCUUCACCUCCCACAGGUGCGACGUGCCGUCCCGCACCGUCGAUACCACGCCCAAAGAGCUUAUGACGUUCUUCCGCGACAUGGCGUUGAUGCGCCGGAUGGAGAUCGCGGCCGACUCGCUCUACAAGGCCAAGCUCAUCCGAGGGUUUUGCCAUCUAUACGACGGCCAGGAGGCCGUCGCCAUCGGCAUGGAGGCCGCAAUUACCAAAAAGGACUGCAUCAUAACCGCCUACCGUGACCAUUGCACCUUCCUCGGUCGCGGCGGGACCCUUCUGCAGGUUUUCUCAGAGCUCAUGGGCCGCCAGGGUGGCUGCUCCAAGGGGAAAGGUGGGUCCAUGCAUUUUUACAAGAAGGACGCUGGGUUCUAUGGCGGUCACGGUAUUGUUGGGGCUCAGGUUCCGCUGGGAUGUGGCUUGGCUUUUGGGCAGAAGUACUCCAAGGAUGAAACGGUGACGUUUGCUCUGUAUGGUGACGGUGCGGCCAAUCAGGGGCAGUUGUUCGAGGCGCUUAAUAUUUCUGCGCUUUGGGAUCUGCCUGCCAUUUUGGUCUGUGAGAAUAAUCACUAUGGAAUGGGUACGGCAGAGUGGAGAGCAGCUAAGAGUCCAUCAUACUACAAGCGUGGAGAUUAUGUUCCUGGCUUGAAGGUAGAUGGCAUGGAUGUGUUUGCAGUAAAGCAGGCAUGCAAAUUUGCUAAGGAGCAUGCUUUGAAGAAUGGACCCAUUAUUCUUGAAAUGGACACUUACAGGUACCAUGGGCACUCCAUGUCUGAUCCUGGGAGCACCUACCGUACACGUGAUGAGAUUUCUGGCGUGAGACAGGAGCGUGACCCAAUUGAAAGAAUAAGGAAGCUGAUAUUUGCUCAUGAUCUAGCUACUGAGAAAGAGCUAAAGGAUAUUGAGAAGGAAGUGAGGAAAGAAGUUGAUGAAGCCAUUGCUAAAGCUAAAGAAAGCCCAAUGCCAGAACCCUCCGAACUCUUUACAAAUAUCUUUGUGAAAGGCUAUGGGGCUGAGUUACUGCCAGUUGACACUACUGCUUUGGAUGGGUAUCUGAUGCUAACCAAUACUAGUGUGAUGAUGUGUUACUGA